AUGUUCAAUCAAUUAUUCUUCUAUGUUGGAGUCUACAUACUACUGUUGCACAGCAGAAUCGAAGUUUCCGUCAGCUCGAGCAUGAUGACCACCACGACCGAGGAGUCUGCCGCUUUACAACCGUACUUUGAUUUUGACGUGCCCCGCAAUCUAACCGUAACCGUCGGUCAGACCGGGUUCUUGCACUGCCGCGUAGAACGUCUUGGGGAUAAGGAUGUGGCGUGGAUUCGAAAGCGAGACAUUCACAUACUUACAACAGGCGCUUCGACGUACACCUCGGAUCAACGUUUCCAGGUAAUCCACCCAGAAGGUUCAGUCAAUUGGACGCUGCAGAUAAAAUAUCCGCAAGUGCGCGACACAGGCGUGUACGAGUGUCAAAUUAACACGGAACCUAAAAUGUCACUGUCCUACCUACUUAAUGUUAUUGAACUGCGUGCGAGAAUCCUUGGUCCAGCGGACAUAUUUGUCAAAUCCGAUAGCGAAAUCACGAUGACAUGCGUUAUUCAGCAGGGACCACACGAGCUAGGGACUAUUUUUUGGUACAAAGGAUCUACGCUCAUCGAGCCUAUGGCCCAAGAAAAUGAACUACUUUCUAGUGAAAAUCGUAGAAUUACCGUCGAAACAGAUUGGACAGAAGUUUUGACAUCUAGGUUAAAAAUCAAAAGGGUUGUACAAAGCGAUACAGGAAAUUAUACAUGCGUUCCAACGAUGGCAAAGUCGGCAAGCGUCUACGCCCAUGUGAUUAGCGGUGAACACCCGGCCGCGAUGCAGCACAAUGCGGCAUCCAAAGUGUCUCCACAAGUUUUGCUGCAAACAACGGCAUGUAUCAUAUGUUUAGCGGAAGUAGCAUUAAUAAGAUAUUUGCUAGGCAAAGUCAGACUGAUUGGACGGUGUUUGGUCGGUGUGGAUCGAAUAAGAUGA